AUGACGAAGAAGGCCACACACACCCCGUUGCCUGCAAAGCGCGGCGUAACCAAGAGGAGUUCGAACAGGACGACGAGGCCAGGAACCGUGUCCUCAGGUAACGCUGAUGAAGGGCGUCUGAAAGACAGGAUCAGCGCUCUUCCGGACAGCCUCCUCUGUUGCAUCCUCACCCUGCUCAGUGUCCGUGACGCCGCGCGAACGACCGUACUGUCCUCGCCAUGGCGGCACAUAUUAUCAUCGCCAGAGUACCAAUAUGACACCAUUGACGACAACGACAUGUGGCAUGGGCGGCGCCGGCUGGACACGAGGACCCACUGGUACCAGGACUCCAAUCAGUGGCAGUUGCGCUCCGAAGCGAUCACCUCCUCGCUCACCAGGCACCGUGGCCCCAUCCGCCGGUUCAUCGUCCAGCGGACGCUCCCGUUGGGCUGCACGGUGUCAGAGUGGCUCGACACGCUGUCCCAAAGAGGGGCCGUCGAGGAACUUGUCCUCGAGAUGCCGCCAUUUCCACAGCUUUUGCUGCCUCACUUCAUCUUCAACUGCAGUUCCCUCCGGUCGCUGAGCCUCUCCAAUUGGAGCUGGCCUCGCAUCGGCCCAAACGAAGUCCCGGUUGGCUACUUCCCGGCGUGGAUGCUCCCUUCCCUGACGGAGCUUACCCUGAGCUGGAUGGACAUGACGGUGCGGGACGUGGAGGACCUACUGCAGCGGUGCCCGGCGCUGCUGAGCCUGUCGAUCCGAUACCCCCGCCAGAGCGGGACCCUGGAGAUUCGAUGCAAGAACCUCCUGAGCCUGACCAUCGCGGAGAACUAUGGGUUUUGGUAUGCUCUGGUCCGCAUCGUGGACGCUCCCAAGCUUGUACGGCUGCUGUGGUGGCCGCCUUCGCCGUUGCAUGUCGUCUUCGAGGGGACGCUCCAGGAACAGACGCCGAGACUGCAUACUCUCGGCAUCUUCCAGAGCAGCACGCUCGGGGUAGUGUUGGAACAGGUGAAGACCAUUGCUCUGAUCACCAACGUGGAUAACUUCAACGAGGUGCAGCAGGCCAUCUUGUUGCUGCACAACUUCCCCCAAUUGGAAACACUUCACAUGCAGAUGAAGAACGGGUCCAACAGCACUAUGAGUAAGCUGAUCAGCUUCGAGGAAAUGGCCGGCGGCCCGGUGGCGUGCCUUGAGAACAGCCUCAAGACGAUCGUCCUGAGGGUGAACAAUCUGGUGCGCCAGAAGCUGGCGUUCGCCAAUUUCCUCCUGAGGGCAGCCAAAGCGCUUAAGUCGAUGCUCGUCUGCAACAAGAGGAUGGCCGGUGAGCUGUUGAGCCCGGAGAGCAGGGGCGCCCACGGCGCGCAGGUCGUGUUCCUCGAGAACAGCAAGUGCACCCUCGAGUUGGACAUGUCUGCCUCCAACAUCAAGCUCGCUGACCCGUUCAUGCCGUAA